AUGUUUUGGCCAAGACUCGCAAGUGCGGCCCUCCUCCUUGCAAGCCUCGUAUCAGGCUCCUCGCCCAAAUGCUCAACCGACGAUGAUUGCAACCUCAAUGGCAUCUGCUCCCACGGUAAAUGCAAAUGCGACGUUGGUUGGACAUCCAGCGACUGCGGCGCCCUCGACUUAUACCCAGCCUCAAGACAAGCCGGCUACAACCACACAGCCGAGGGGGAAUCAACCUGGGGUUCACACAUUGUCCAAGAUCCCCACGACAAGAAACUCUACCACCUCUUCUAUACGUCCAUGGAACACCACUGCGGUCUGCUGAAAUGGAUCCCCUACAGCAGAAUCAUGCGCGCAGAAUCGCGAACCGGCCCAGAAGGUCCUUACACGAACCCCGUGGAAGUCGUAAGCACCUUCAGCCACAACCCAACCGUGGUCUGGAGCCCAUUCGACAAGAAGUAUCUGCUCUACCAUAUCGGAUGUCCGCAGGCCAUACUCCCGGGCUGCGAUUCCGUCGGCGGCCUCCAGUGCCCGGAUAACCCCGGCGGCCUAGGAAUCUCCGUCAUGUCAAGCAGGGAUCUCCGGUCCUGGGACUUCAAGGGCUAUGUGUUGAAGAAGAGCAACGACUCAACAGCAUGGGACUGGGUGGUCACCAAUCCAUCUGCCUGGCCGUUACAUUCAAGCUCCAGAGAUCCUACUAUGAUUCUUGCCUACCGUGGCAAAGCGGCAGACAAGACGGAAAUGAUUGGUAUUUCUGUAUCCAAGGCCGGCUACGAAGGUCCGUAUAAGAAAAUCGGCACGAAGCCCAUUUUCAAUGCAUUCUGCGAGGACCCAUUUCUUUGGCAGGACAGACGGGGGAAUUAUCAUAUGUUGGUGCAUUCGAUGCGGGAUGGCAACGGCGGUACUCCUGGUGUAAGACAAGUUGGUCGGCAUGCCUUUGCGAGGAUGUACGAAGGACCGUGGACGUUUAAUAAUGAUACGCUUGCGUAUAGUGCUUGGGCAAAUUUCACGGACGGGACUUCGAUUAACUUUUCGAGGAGGGAGCGGCCGCAACUGUUCUUUUCGGAUGAUGGGAGGAUGACGCCGUUGUUGUUGUCGAAUGGGGUGCAGGAGAUGGGAAGCACGCAGAGUUAUUCGAUUAUUACGCCGAUUGGGCGGAAGUCGAGGCUUGGACAGGGCGGGUGUAAGUAG